ACUGAAGCCUGAACAAGGUGGAGCGUGACUGGUUUUUGAGAGGCUGAAAUAGGCAGCUGUUUUAGAAAAUGAGUUGCUGAAUUACCCUCUCCUACGCCUUGUUGAAAAGUUAUGAACCCUUUCUGAUGAUGGUGUAGAGCCGGCUGGGAUGUGCUGGAGGCUAAAUGAGCUUUUAUAGCAGUGAUUUGCUGUUCUGCAGAAUGGAUUUCCAUUCUGAUCAACGGACAAGGAGACUAACCUGUGAAAAAUGGCUGAUUUAACCAAGACAGAAGAACAGGAAGUAGAGAAGAGUUUGGAUGAAGAAGUGGAAAAAACACCUCCUACUUUAGAGGCAGAUUCAGGUGUUGGUGGCGAAGGUGACAGUUCAACCUCAGGUACAGUGCACUCCACUGAAAAUGAAAAGGAAGUUGAUAGUGGUGAUCGGGACAGCAGAGGAAAAAGCAAGAGUUUAGAUCCUGAAGAUGAACCUCCUCAGAAAGUACGUGUGCCAGGCCAUGGGCAAGCGGUAGCUGCACAUUAUAAUGAACUUCAAGAAGUUGGUUUGGAAAAACGUAGCCAGUCUCGCAUAUUCUACCUCCGAAACUUUAAUAAUUGGACAAAGAGUGUCCUCAUUGGUGAAUUUAUAGACCGGGUACGACGGAAAAAGAGUGAUAUAACUGUUCUAGAUCUAGGAUGUGGCAAAGGUGGAGACUUACUGAAAUGGAAAAAAGGAAGAAUUAAGAAACUUGUUUGUACUGAUAUUGCUGACAUUUCUGUGCAGCAGUGCAAGCAGCGAUACGAAGACAUGAAAGCCCGAUGCCGUUAUAAUGAACAUAUUUUUGAUGCAGAAUUUAUACAAGCAGAUAGCACCAAGGAUCUCUUGUCUUCCAAAUACAAUGAUCCAGAUAUGCGCUUUGACAUUUGCAGCUGUCAAUUUGUUUACCAUUACUCGUUUGAGACAUAUGAGCAGGCUGACAUGAUGCUUAAAAAUGCUUGUGGGAACCUCUCUCCUGGAGGAUAUUUCAUUGGCACAACUCCAAACAGCUUUGAACUUGUAAAGCGACUUGAAGCUUCUGAAACAAAUUCAUUUGGGAAUGAGGUGUACAGUGUAAAAUUUGAAAAGAAGGGAGAAUAUCCCCUAUUUGGCUGCAAGUAUGAUUUCCACUUGGAAGAAGUGGUUGAUGUCCCUGAGUUUUUGGUUUACUUUCCAUUACUGGAAGAAAUGGCAAAGAAGCAUGGUAUGAAACUAGUGUAUAAAAUGACAUUUCGGGAAUUCUAUGAAGAAAAAAUCAAGAACGAGGAGCAUAAAAUGCUGCUAAAGAGAAUGCAGGCCUUGGAGCCAUAUUCUACAUUUGGUGAUUCCCGGCUUGUUUCUGAUAAACCUGCUGAUUAUGAGCAUGCAAAAGAGUUUGUCAAAGAUGGCAAGGCAAAGUUACCACUGGGAACCUUGAGUAAAUCUGAAUGGGAAGCAACAAGUAUUUACUUGGUAUUUGCAUUUGAGAAGCAACUGUGAAACUCCACAUUGUGGAUGCAGCAAGAAGAGAUCAUGUCCAUGUGCAAGUUGGAAUGGUCAGAAAUCCGUUGUGGCAACUAUUUUUUUUAUUUUUUAUUUUUUAAUUAUCGGAAGUGUGCAGGACACUACCAAAAACUAGAGCAAGCUCAUGGUUCUGAAUUACAUUGCCUGUCUGUGACAGAGGGACUUGUGUGUGUAUAUAGAAGACAGAUUCUGAACCAGUCUUUCUAAGCCUUUAUAAGCAGUCUGCAUGCUAUCAAAACUCAUCUUUGAACUUGACACAACUUUAUGUUACAAACAAAUGUUUUGUUAGUAGAUGUUUGUGAUUACAAGCCUGACCCUGCACUUUCUGAAGUUGAUGGAAAAAUGACUGUUGACGUUGGUAGUGCAGAAUGAGGGCCUAAAAAUUGUACUGCAGAGCUCAGUUGAUUCAUAAUGAGAUGUGUUCAGACGUACCGGGUAUGUCUACAUUGCAUGCAGAGCUAAGUGGCAAGUAAUACCUGAGUCAGCUGGAACACCUCUGUGCUGUGCUCAGGCCUGCAGUGUAAAUCUACCCUAGUGGUAUUCAAAGUGUAGUCUACCUGGGGAAGUCCCAUGAUGUUCUUGUUUUUCGUGCUUGCUGAUAUGUAGUGUCACUUGAUGGUGCUUUCAAGAUUAAACGAGUUUGUUCUGUACAAAACUGCCCUGAAAGAACUGAGUUUCUGAAGUUUUAAACCUUUAUGUAAUUUUUCCAAGUAUGACUAUGCGGUAAUCAAUAACAGCUGCUGAACUUAGAUUACUGAAUGUUUUCUAUCGUAUUAAAGACUAUUCUGACUUUGACUUUUUGGUAGAUUUAAUGUCUCCUGAAACUUAGUAGACAGAUCUUAGGAUGUGUUUUCUUACUUGAUUGAUAAAAUUCCAAACAGGCUCAGCAGAAGGAUGAGCUAUUGGUGGUGAUGGGGACCUCAUUGCAGUCCUUAAGGUGUUACGUACGUUGUCACGUACUGGACCAUGAUCUAAAAGAGGAGCCUGUUUGCUGUUUGAGAAUACUAAAAGUUCACUCUGGGAGGGAGGGCUGUUUAUGUGUGUACACACCUCAGUACAUGUAGAUAGCAAUCUCCAAAUUAGAGCCAAAUAAUUUAUUUGGGAGUGUAGCCUAAUUAUAUCAAUAGGUAAACCAGUUCCUAACUAUCUCUUAAAGCUGGCUUAGGGAUUUCUAACAUGGUGUUUGCUCUGCUUUCCAUGUGCCACCCACUACUGUGAAGGUGUGAGUACUUCGUAAUUUUUCCUCUUCCUUCUUGUGCCAACAGCAGCUGUUAGCUGCCGUUGGCUAGUAUGGUUUACAUAGAGUUUAAAUGUUGAUGGUACAUGACUAUUUUGAGAAGUUAUAAUAAGCCUAGGAAGGAACGCACCUGUUAGAGGGUUAAGCGUUCCAGUUAUUUGAGUUUGUAGUUGCAUUGCCUUCCCCUUGUAGUUAGGUCAUACUCUUUCCUCUCUUAACUACUAAUUAUUUUUUUCAUUGUAUAGAACACCUUAAAGCUUCACCAAAGCAGUAGAAUCAAAGUCACUUCUGCUGCUGAAAACAAGACUCUUGUCUGAUAGAGUUAGUGCUUGCUGAAAAAUGCCGACACUAUAGAAGUGCUGCAACGUUUCAUUGACAUUUUGUGUGCAUCAAAGCUAGUUUUGUUAGAUUUUGUGUAUUGAGUUUCAUUUGAAAGUACAUUGUUACCCUAUUUUUGGAAGAAGUCAGAAUAAUAAAAAGUGGGGAAAUACA